AUGAUCCCCGGGAUCGAUACGCCCUUUGUUUACCUUUCCAAAGCCAUCGGCGCUUCCGUUGAUGAGUUGAAGCUCCUCGCCGUCUUUUUCUCAAGUUACCCGCUAGCCGCUCUUCUCAAACGGAUACCUGACAACAGGCCACAAUGGAGGAAUAUAUACAUCGUCGGAGUUUCCCUGUUCUAUCUCGUGGGCCUGUUCAACCUAUACGACGGAAUCCGCACCAUGAUGUACAGUGCGGCAGGAGCAUACGCAAUAGCAUACUACAUUGAUGGAUCUCUGAUGCCAUGGAUCGCGUUUCUAUUCCUCAUGGGUCAUCUGUCCAUAAACCACAUACAUCGACAAAGACUCAAUGACCCCAGCGUGGUGGACAUCACCGGAGGCCAGAUGGUUCUUGUAAUGAAACUCAGCGCAUUCUGUUGGAACGUCCAUGACGGACGGCUGAAGCCAGAGCUCAUGACUGAUAGCCAGAAAGAGCGGGCCAUCUACAAAAUGCCCGGUCUUCUCCACUACGCCGGCUAUGUCUUCUUCUUUCCCUCACUUUUCGCGGGCCCGGCGUUCGAUUUUAUAGAUUACCAGCGAUUCAUUGAGACGACAAUGUUCGAGGUCCCUCCCGGCACCAAAAAUCCUCCUCCCACGAGAGGCAACCGUCGUAUCCCCCGGUCCGGGACGCCUGCCGCACGAAAGGCUGUUGUCGGCCUGAUCUGGAUCCUUCUGUUCCUCCAAUUCGGCAAAUGGUACAAUGUACCCCUCACGCUGUCCGACGAGUACAUGACAUAUUCUUUCCUCCAUCGCGUCUGGAUCCUGCAAAUGCUCGGCUUUACCUCCAGGCUCAAGUACUACGGUGUCUGGGCCUUGACGGAAGGGGCGUGCAUCAUGGCAGGAAUAGGGUAUAACGGGAUUGACCCGGCCACAGGCAAAGCAAGAUGGGACCGAACCGAAAAUGUCAACCCCUGGGGGGUUGAGAGUGCACAGAACUCACGGGCCUACCUGGACAGCUGGAACAAGAACACCAACAAGUGGCUCCGCAACUACAUCUAUCUGCGAGUGACACCCAAGGGCAGAAAACCCGGCUUCCGCGCCACACUGGCCACGUUUCUAACCUCGGCGUUCUGGCACGGGUUUUAUCCAGGAUACUACUUGGCGUUCCUGAUGGGCGCGUUCAUCCAAACGGUGGCCAAGAAUUGUCGCCGAUACUUCCGUCCAUUCUUCCUGACUCCCGACGGAACCAAGACCACGAAAUACAAGAUCUACUAUGACAUUGCAAGCUACGUGGCCACCCAGCUCGUUUUCUGCUUUACCACCGCCCCAUUCGUCAUCCUCGGCUUCAGUGACUCGCUGAAAGUUUGGGCGAGGGUGUAUUUCUAUGGGCUUGUCGGGGUGUUGCUCUUCAUGGCAUUCUUCUCCUCCCCUGCGAAGGGAGUUCUCGCCAAACGCCUCGCGAAACGGAAUCACCCAUAUCUACAGAAAACAGUUUCUCAAGAAACCAACUAUCCUCCAUCACUGGGUAUACCGAGUGACCCGGGCCGAGAAAUCGACGAGGUAAUUUAUGAAAUACGUCAAGAAGUGGAAACUCGUCGCAGAAGGGGGAGCACAGUCACCAUGCCGACUGGCGAGCGCCUGAAAGGGGCGGUUGAAGCCAGGAUCGGGAGGAAGCUGACAUUCCCGGAGUUCAAGUUCGGCUCUGCAGCUGCUGCCAAUGCAUCUGCAGUGGCCGAUGACUCUGGCAAGGGUGGCAGGGAGAUCGGAACUGAAGGGGCCGGGUUGACGCCGAACGACAAGAAGUUGAAGUGA